AUGAGAGUAAGUGGCACCCUGAGCAAGCAGAGGAGGUACAGAGGCUUGUUCUCAAGAGGAACAUGGUUCUUUUCUUCCUAUCCCGAAAUGGAGCUUGAAUCUGUGACAGUAAAUGUAACCAUCCAGGACUUUGUGGCCGAUGUGGUAUCUGAGAUGUUCUUCUGCAAUAAGCAGCAAAUCUCUAGGGAGAUCAUGUUCAUCUUUCCUGUGGACUCUGACACUGUUGUACACACCUUCCAUGCCACCAUGGGGGACACUCAUGUUGAAGCAGUGCUCUGGGACAAGAAGGAGGCACAGCAGCUGUACAAAGCCACUCCAGGCAUGGAGAAUUUGAGAUAUCUGAAGGAGCAGUGGGAUCUUUGGGGUCCAGUGUUCGCUUGUUUCUUGGGGACUGUGCCUCCUAACAGAGAGGUGGCCAUCAGCUUGUGCUAUGUCCAGGAGCUUCCACUGAAUCCCGAUGGAGCUGCCAAGUUUUGCUGGCCAAAGAAGCUAUUUCCCCAACAAAAAUUCAUCAGACGGCACCUAUCUGAAGAGGAGAUAUCAGAAGACCUGCACUUCAGAAUCCGUCUGCAGUCAGCCCGUGGUGUGUCACAUAUCAGUGUUAACAGCAGCUGCACCCCUCUGCAGUACACAGCUCCAGAUCAGACAUCUGCUGAGGUUUCAUUGAAAUCAUCACCCUGUCUCUCUGAUAAGUUGGAAUUGUUGGUGUAUUAUGGAGGGCCUCACAAUCUCAGCGCUGUGGUGGAGAGCAGAGACCCCAAAGCUGCACCUGGCUCUCUGUUGGGGGACCCAGUGGUGAUGGUGACACUGAAACCCAGCAUUCCUGAAGUGAUGCCCAGCCCAGGCCAUCUCGGGGAAUUCAUCUUUGUCAUGGACUGCAGCCUCUACCAGGAUGCACAGAACACACUGCUCUUCCUCCUCAAGAGUUUGCCUCUGGGUUGCUACUUCAACAUCUACAGUUUUGGGGCCACUUUUGAAGGCUUCUAUCCGCAAAGUGUGGAAUACACGCAGGAAACUAUGGACAAUGCUGUGGGACACAUCUCUUCCAUCUGCCCUGAUCUUGGGGGCUGUGAUCUCUUGGGUCUCCUAAGAUCUAUCUACAGCACCCCCCUCCUUCGUGGACUUCCUCGCCAGCUCUUCAUCUUCAUCCAAAGGAAGGUCUCCAGUGAAGAGCAAGCUAUCAUGGCUGAGGUUCACCGUUACCGGGACUACCAUCGGUGUUUCUGUUUUCCUACAGACAAGUGUGAGAGCUUUUAUAUUUCCCAGGCCAUUGCUCUGGAGACCAAAGGCAAAUGUGUGUGCAUCCACUCCAAGAUGACCAUGAUAUCCGAGGCAGUGAAGUGCCUGCAGCAGGCCCUGCAGCCCCUGGCAAGUGAGAUCUCACUACACUGGGACCUUCCACCAGGCUUGGAGGUGACAGUGAUCAGAAGAGCUCCUGAGACAAUCUUCCAGGGACAUCAUAGCAUCAUCUAUGCCCAGAUCCAUGGGCAAGCACAGGAUCCAGAGGCGGAUGUGGCAACUGUGACCCUUCAGUAUCGUGUGGGCAGCCAGCCCUUUCAUUACACACUCAGGUUCUCAAUGUCCCCGUCAGCAGAUUAUAGCAGGUUUCCUGUGCACCGCAUAGCCAUGAUGCAUCUGCUAUGGAAACUGGCCUGGCAGGGGACAAGCAAGUCAGAGAUGGAGGACGUCUGGCACAGUGCAGUUAAGCUCAGCCUCAGCCUGGGAGUCCCAUCUGCCUUCACAUCAGUUGUGGCAGUACGCAUGGAACAGAGGGAUGCUGGGCACCGUGAUUCUUUGCUUGCAGAUUCCUCCAUGCUUCUUUCUCCCUCUUGCGAUCUGGUUCCCUGCCAGCUCCUCUGGUUGUGUGGCUCCAAGCAUGUAUGGUUCAAGUCCACCAAAUUUUGGAUGGUCCAGAAGUUCCAGCUCUGUCUCGAGAUGCUGAGUCCCAAGGCCUCUCACACUGAAGUAUUGUCCCAGCUUUCAGCACACUGUAAAGAGCAGGAGUCUUCUCCUGAAGAGCAGAUGAUGGAAGAACCAACAGCUUUUAACACCAGUUGGGACUGGACAAUUUCACCACUGUCAACAAAACUGUGUAACUUCUCCAGUAUCAGGGUAGUAGUGGCACUCCAGAAAGCAAACGGGUCCUGGGCCCUCACCUCAGCCCUGAUCUCUGCCUUGGGGCUCAGGAAGGCUGAUAUUGAGGGACAAAGUCUCAGUAAGGAUGUGAAGCCAGUUUUGGCCACAGUUUUGGCCUUAGUGUGGUUGCACCAGUAUAAAUGGAGGGUAUCCUGGUCAGAACUUCUGGAGGCCAAAGCUCGUAGGUGGCUGUGGGACAGAGCUGGUAAGAUUUUGCUUGGAAAAUUCAUACUAUGGGCCUUUCCCAGAAAACGCACAACCAAUUUCCGUGUUCCUCUUUCCCCUGCUCCUGUGUAGCAGUCUAUGGGAUAGU